AUUCUCGAUCACCACUCGCGCCAGCUCACCGGGAAGCUUGGCGGCGUGUCGUGCCACGUCAUGCAACAGGAACCGCUUAUCAUUUCGCCUCUCGCCCUUUAUCCCGAGCAGCUGAUGUUGAGUAAGGUCUCCAUUACAGCUCCGAGGGUCCAGCUUUCCGUAAACCAUGGCAGACAAUCAGAGCACCCCCAGACAACCGAGUCGAAGAGAGCCUGUGCUCACCCCCGGUGGAGUGGCCGAUCAACUCUCCAGACUCGAGCUACCAGCUCCUUCCAACCUGAAUCUGGAGAUCCCAAAUCGCUCGAAUCUACCUCCCGCACCAGACUCUGCCAUUUCCACAACAUCCAUACGGUCCAAUGACACUGGUGAUAUCUCAGGACCUGAGCCAGAGUACAUUACUCAAGCUCGCAACAAGAAUCGAUCUGAGAGCGUGUCGGAGCAGCUCAGUGCGCAGUUGAGCAAGAUGAAUUUCCCUCAACCUGAGCACAUCUUUGGACCGAACGAGGGCGGAAGCGCCGCGGCGAAGGAGAGGAAUGCCCAGAAUCAAGGUGUAUCGGAUGCAGACUGGGCCAGAGUGCAAUUGGACGACGAGGUUCCGGAAGCUGUCAAAGAGCCUGUGAGAAUGACUCAUUCGAGGAACGUCAGCAGAGUAGAUGCCGCUACUCCAUCUCACGCUAGUCUGCAACCUUCGCCAAUACCUGAAGGGACCGAGACAGCGGCGGUCGCUCGGGAGCAGAAGAUCACCCCGUUUGACGUAGAAGGAGGAGUGGACGCUGAUGGAAAGGAGACUGGAAUCGACUAUGAAAAGGUCGUCAGGCGCUUCGGAGCCACGAUGAUAUCGCCAGAUCUCCUGGAGCGGUUCGAGAAAUUGACUGGGCAUCGACCACAUCCGCUGCUGAGACGAGGCACGUUUUUCUCCCACCGCGAUUUCAAUUUGAUUCUGGAUCGAUACGAAAAAGGUCAGCCGUUCUAUCUGUAUACUGGACGUGGUCCAAGCAGUGACUCCAUGCACAUGGGUCACCUCAUUCCUUUCAUGUUCACAGCAUGGUUGCAACGUGUAUUCAACGUGCCCUUGGUGGUCCAAAUCACUGAUGACGAGAAAUACCUUUUGGAACGCGAUGCAAAGAAGCAAGCGGCAUUGCAAAAGAAGAUCAAGGCCAAAAAGCCAUUGAAUCUGUUGGACCAUUAUCACAAGAUGGGUCAGGACAACAUCAAAGACAUCAUUGCCUGUGGUGUACUGCCAGAGAAGACGUUCAUCUUCUCCAAUCUGAGCUAUGUCGGUGGCCCUUUCUACCGCAAUGUGGUCCUCAUGGGCAAAACGUUGACCGUGAACAAUGUCAAGGGCGUCUUCGGUUUCUCUGACUCCGACAAUGCAGGAAUGUUUCACUUUGCCGCUAUCCAAGCUACUCCGUCGUUCUCGAAUUCAUUCCCUCAGAUCUUCGGCGAAAGGGACGACAUUCCCUGUCUGAUCCCGUGUGCAAUCGACCAGGAUCCUUACUUCUUGGUGACCCGUGAUUCCGCCGACAAGUUGGGAUACAAGAAGCCGUGCCUGCUUCAUUCCAAAUUCCUCCCCGCGCUUCAAGGUGCCAACACCAAAAUGUCCGCUUCCAACGAGAACUCUGCCAUUUUCAUGACGGACGAUGCGAAAAAGAUUGCCAAAAAGAUCAAAUCUCACGCGUUCUCGGGUGGUGGGGCGACACAAGAGGAGCACCAGAGAUUGGGCGGAAACCCCGACAUUGACGUGGCGUAUCAGUAUCUGAGCUUCUUUGAAGAUGACGAUGAGAAAAUGAAGUCGUUGUCAGACGGAUACCGAGCGGGCACGUUGAGCACAUCUCAGAUGAAGGAAGCUUGUAUUGCGAAGAUUACAGCUGUGGUCGAGGAAUUCCAAAAGAACCGAGCGGCUGUCACGGAUGAGAUUCUGCAUGCUUACCAAGACCCAACGAGGAAGAUUGACCCUCGUCCAGUCGCAAAGACUCAGGAAUAGUAUACAUACAAUAGAGCAGGACAAGUUCUGGUUCACAUUCCAUAUGCAUUAUGUCGAUGGUUGA